AUGAUGAAUUCAUAUUACUACAGUACUGCUUAUCACGAUUUUUUCCAGAAUCGAAUGCAAGAAUCUUUGAAACUUUUCGAUUCCAUAUGUAAUAGCCCGUGGUUUGCCGACAUUCAUUUCAUCUUAUUUUUGAAUAAAAAAGACCUGUUUGCUGAAAAAAUUAAUCGGUCUCCGUUAACCAUAUGCUUUCCAGAAUAUAAAGGACAACAAAAUCAAACGGAAUGCAUUAAUUACAUUCAGUGGAAGUUUGAACAGCUUAACAGAUCUCCACAGCGAGAAAUUUAUUGUCAUCAUACUUGUGCAACUGAUACGAAUAAUGUGCAGUUUGUGCUGGAUGCCUGCCUUGAUAUGAUCAUCGCCAAAAAUUUGAAAUCCAUGGGUCUUUGCUGA